AGUACAAGUCACUGUACUUUGCCCUAUGGACUUCCAUUUUCAUUCCACGUGAGUAAGACUAGAAGAGUUUUCCUCACCUCAGGAAUUUUUACCCAGCCAGUGCUCAUCGCCUUGGUUCCAAAAUGCAGAAUUCUGCUGGUUAGGGUAGAAGACGGGGUGAAAAGCUGGCAUUUAUGGUCAGUGAGGACAGCCCUCCUGUGUCCUCAGGCUGCCUCAGCACCAGACGAGGCCUGGAUGAAGUGCUCAUGACUGGACACAGCCUGGAGAAUUGUGGAGCAAUUUUGAAUCUCUUCUGUAGCUCAGAGUAAAUUAGGCAACUGUAUUUAAAUUCCACCCUCAUGUGUUCGUCGUUUUUUUUGUUGCUGUUGUUGUUUGUUUGUUUUUCCAUUUCUUGAAGUUGAAUAAGCACUUCACGUCAUCUUAAAUGAAAACCUCUGGUAGAUCAUUUGCUCUCUCUUCUUACAGCAGCUGGCCGAACAGAUGCUUUUGACUGGAGGUUUGAAAUCUCUCCUUCCUCAUUUGCGAAGAAUAAUUCAUUGCAGCAGAGUUCAUAACAGGAAUAUUUCUGGAAUGGCAGAAGGCUACAAACAGGCCAGUGUCGUGAUUUUGCACAAGUCCCUUGCUGAUGACUUCGAGGAGUUCUGCCGUGCAAACAGUGGAGCGCUGCCACUGCUACACAGAAGUAAACCAGGGGAAUGGAAGUGCCCUUCUCUGAAUAGUGAUUCUGAUAUCAGAACUGACUGCCUGCAGUACAGAAAGUAUGAGUACGGAGCUUUUACUGGAUCUCUAAAAAGUCUAAAGGAUUAUUCUGAACAACUGAAGGACAUGGUGGCUUUCUAUUUAGGCUGCAGCUCUAGUUUUGAAAAAGUACUUCAAGCUGCUGGCAUUCCUGUAAGAAAUGUUGAUCAAAAAUGUAGCAUAAGCAUGUAUAAGACAGCUGUGCCAUGCUACGCUAUUUCUACUUUUUGCUGCAACUUAGUUGUCACAAUGAGACCAGUUCCUGAAAGCAAAUUGGAAGCAGCUGUGCUAGCAACAUCUGAAUUAAAAAUAGAAAAUCAUGGAGCACCAAUUCACAUUGGUAACCCUGGUCUGCUGGGAAUACAAGAUCUUUCCAAGCCAGACUACGGAGAUCCAGUUCACCUUCACCCUGGUGAUAUCCCUGUGUUUUGGGCCUGCAGCGUAACAGGAAUAGAAGCAGUCAUCAACUGCAGAUCUCCAUUGGCUUUUACUUAUUCUUCUGGCUGCAUGUUCAUUACUGACCUGAAGAAUGACAGUGUUAUGCUCAGAUCCUCAAGAGAAGUCCCACAAGUCCAUUGCAUUUCACAAGAUCCUUUGCAUUACAGUAUGGUGUCUGCAGAAGCAGCAAAAAAGAUAAAGACUCUAGAGAGCCUAAUUGGAAUAGAUCCAGGCAAUCGUGGCAUCCUUCAUUUACUCCGCCCUGGCGAGCUGCUGAAGGCCUGCCUGUCCCUGUCCCAUGCUCGGUCCGUGUUGGUAACCACCGGGUUUCCCACCCACUUCAAUUACGAGCCGCCGGAAGAGAACGACGGGCCCCCGGGAGCCCUUGCUAUUGCGGCCAUGUUGCAGGCCUUGGAGAAAGAUGUAGCCAUAGUAACAGAUCAGAGAGCCAUGGAUCUGAAUAAAAAGAUUAUUGAAGAGGCUGUGCAAAUCGGAGUCCUGAAGGAACCUGUCCCGUUGCUGAGUUAUCAGAGGGAAAGUGCUGAUUCAGCUUUAACAUUUUUGUGUGAGAAUGGGAAUCCCAGAAGACCUAGAUUUGAUCACCUGAUAGCAAUAGAGCGUGCCGGGAUAGCUGCUGAUGGCAAUUACUACAAUGCCAGGAAAAUUAAUAUUAAACAUCUUGUAGAUCCCAUAGAUGAACUGUUUUUAGCUGCACAAACCAUUCCAGGAAUAACAACAACAGGUGUUGGAGAUGGAGGAAAUGAAUUAGGAAUGGGCAAGGUAAAAGAUGCUGUAAAGAAGCACAUUAAAAAUGGAGAUGUUAUAGCUUGCGAUGUUGCAGCUGACUUUGCUGUUGUAGCUGGCGUCUCUAACUGGGGAGGCUAUGCCAUUGCUUGUGCUCUGUAUAUUCUCAGUACCUGUGAAAUACACGAUCGCUAUCUGAGGAGAGCCGUUGGGUUUUCACAGUCACCAAAGAAAACAGCCUGGCUGUCCGCACUUCCAUCAGUUACAAAGGUCUUUGUGGAAAGAAACAACCCUUUAAAGGAAGAAAAGCUUCUGAAAGCACUUGUGCAGCUUGAGGUUCGCAGUGGAGUAUCUGCCAGCCUGGAAAUGGAGGUGGACGCGCUGCCCUUCUACAGCACCCAUUCAACCAUGAUUGAAAAACUGCUGCAGGAGAUGCAGCACUGACUGCUCCCUACUGAUUUCUAAUCAGGAGGUGAUGCUAUGUCAUUUCUUCAUGUCGUAGUCUCUUGCAAGGUAAAAAAGGAUCAGAAAAAGAUGAGCCUGUAUCUCUUAAGUCUCUUUCAUCUCUGGUGUCUUGCCAAUGCAUAACUUUGUAUUAUUGCCUUUACAAAAUUUCUGUGAAAUGGGAAGAAGCUAUCAUGAUGAUUCAGUCUACCUUUCUUUCAUGUGAUUUUAUAAUGGAUAUUAAAAGAUAUUACACACUAAAUGGUGAUCUGGCUUUUACAAAGAAAUCUUCUCAUUAAAAUGAAAUACCAUUGCA